AUGUCGGCACGCUCCACUGUCACUGCUAAUGAGCAGGCUGAUGCCAUCCACUCUCUGGGCACCAACACUGCCAUUGCUCCGGCCGAGGAUCAGGUGGUUGAGGUUACCACUGCCAACGGCGGGGACCCGUUGGGUCUCGGCCAGCACAAGCGUGCCAAUGUCACGCAAAGACAGAUGGUGGUUGACUACCCAACUGCCAAUAAACGUCACAUGAAGAAGUUCUACACAAGACAGAACGCCCUCAUCGAUCAAUUCCUUGAAAGUGGAGACGAGGAACGCUUGGCUGCUCUUGACACCAUGGAGAAUGGUCCCAAAGUCAAGUUUGCCGUCAAUGCUUCCUUCGCGGUCAACUUCUUUCUCUUCGUGAUCCAGCUCUAUGCUGCCAUCUCCACCGGUUCACUGUCACUGUUUGCUACAGCAGCAGAUGCCUUCAUGGACCUCGUAUCAUCCAUUGUCAUGCUCAUCACCUCCCGUAUGGCUGCGCGGCCUAGUGUGUACAAGUACCCUGUCGGUCGUACGCGUAUUGAAACCAUCGGCAUCAUCAUGUUUUGCUGCCUCAUGACCACGGUGGCCAUCCAAUUGAUCGUUGAGUCUGGGCGUGCAUUGGGAGAAGGUGCUAAGGACCACGAACAGCUCCACAUCAUCCCCAUAAUCUUUGUUGCUGUCGCGAUCUUCUGCAAAGGUUCACUAUGCAUCUAUUGUUUCUUCCUCCGCCGUUACCCUGCGGUGCACGUCUUCUUUGUGGACCACCGCAACGAUAUCAUUGUCAACGCUUUCGGUUUGACCAUGUCCAUCAUCGGAAGCCGUGUCGUAUGGUACCUUGACCCCCUCGGCGCCAUUCUCAUCGGUGUCUUAAUCUUGUGCUCCUGGGCUGCCAACGCCUUUGAGCACAUCUGGCUCCUCGUGGGCAAGUCUGCACCGAACGAGUUCAUCUCCAAGCUCAUUUACCUCGUCGUCACCCACGAUACCCGCAUUCAGAAGGUUGAUACCUGCCGAGCCUACCAUGCUGGACAGAACUAUUACGUCGAGGUUGAUAUUGUCAUGGAUGAGGACCUCCCACUCAAGAUUACGCACGACGUCAGCCAGACCCUGCAACGAAAGCUUGAAGGUCUUGCCGAUGUGGAGAGAGCUUACGUGCACGUCGACUACGAGAACGAACACGAUAUCAAGGAGGAGCACAAGCCCCUUUACGAGAUCACCGAACGACGCUCAAUAAAGCAACGUGUUAAAGCGCUUCUAUCAAAGAACAAGGCCGAGACGUCAUAA